CCACCGUCUACACAGACCAUACGACUCCACACUCCCUCUGUUUGUAAUAAAAGAGAGUUUAUAUCUGUAUUUCGACCAGAUUGCCACAACUUCCCAAGUAUCAAGGAAUUUGGUUUAAUGAAAGUAUGCGCGCUCCCGCCAAAGCGCAGCAUCAGCACCACUAUCUCGCGCGCGCUCCCGCCUCUAGCGAGCGAGUCUAUCGCCAUCCCGGCCGAGAGAGUUAAAGUUGGCCGAAAGGACGGAUAAACGAUGCUGUACUGUCCGGUGACGAGGAGAGGAUAACAUUUGAUUUGCUCAUCUAAGAGAGACUCCAUCUCCCGGAGAGGAUGGAUAUCAAAAUUCUUGCCCCAAGCCUUUUACUCUUUCUCGCUUUUCAGCAUUGCUCGUCACGGCCAUGCUUAGAUCCACUGAUCUCUCCGCUCUACGCCUCCUCUUUCCAUGCUUCCUCCAGAUAUAACUUUUUUUACUCUGCACACUUUGCCAAACUGUAUGGGAGCAGCGGCUGGUCUCCGUCCCCUCGGGACAGGCAGCCAUGGAUGCAAAUUGACUUGGGGAGGAAGUAUCGUAUCAUGGCCAUUGCUACUCAGGGUACCUUCAACUCUUAUGACUGGGUCACCAAAUACAUGCUGCUGUACGGGGACCGAUUCGACGCAUGGACUCCAUACGUCAUGAAAGGAGGCAACAUGACGUUGCCUGGCAACUGGAAUUACUACCAGGUGAAGAGGAACGUCUUUCAUUAUGCGUUCACUGCCAAACAUCUGCGCAUCUAUCCCAUGGGCUGGAAUACUGAGAACGGAGGCAAGAUCGGCCUUCGCGUAGAGUUCUAUGGCUGUCCUUACGACUCAUAUGUGAUGCAGUUUGAGGGGGAUGACAUGGUGGCGUAUUCAUUCCCACGGGGUAGAAUGAGGACACUUCAGGACCGCUACGCUUUAAACUUUAAGACCUUGGAGAAGGACGGUAUUCUCCUGCACAGUGAAGGUCUGCAGGGAGACUCCAUUACCCUGGAGCUAAAGACUGGACGCCUCUACUUACAUAUCAGUCUGGGGAGUAGCACUGUCCAUAACACCAAUGGGAUGACCACAAUGAUGCUGGGAAACCUGCUGGACACUCAGCACUGGCACUAUGUCACCAUCAAGCGCUACGGACGAGAGGUCAAUUUCACCCUGGACAGCCAGACAGAGACUGCUAUCCUCAACGGAGAGUUCCAGUACCUUGAUCUGGACAAACAGAUUUAUGUUGGUGGCGUGAUUGAGAAAGACGUGCCCCAUCUGCCUGGUAAGGUCAACUUCCGUGGCUGCAUGGAAAACGUAUUUAUCAAUGGAAUCAAUAUCAUCUCCAAGACACAGUAUCAGGAGCCUGAAAUUCGACUAGCUCCUAAAAAGAAAAAGAUGCUUUAUACCUGCCGGGAUCUCCUCUGGAAGCCCAUGACCUUUGCAGGACCGAACAACUACCUGCAGCUCCCCGGCUUCUUCCGGAAGAACCGUCUGGCAGUGAAGUUUAAGUUUCGCUCAUGGGACUACACAGGGUUACUGAUGUUCACCAGGUUUGCAGAUGAGUUGGGCUCUCUGGAGCUGGGCCUCAGUGAAGGACAAGUCAACGUCACUCUAAUGCAGCCUGGAAACAAGAGAUUACGCUUCGCUGCAGGGUACCGUCUCAAUGACGGCUUCUGGCACACAGUAGACCUGACCGCCAAAGACAACUUAUUAACGAUCACUAUAGAUGAAGAUGAAAGCUCACCACUGAAGAUCACCAACCCCUUCAUGGUUCGUACAGGAGAUCGCUAUUUCUUCGGGGGUUGUCCUAAGACCAAUAACACGGCACGCUGUGUGACCAAGCUGUCUCGCUUCCAUGGCUGCAUGCAGCAGAUCUUUAUAGAUGAUGAGCCGGUGGAUAUAGAUGUCAUGCUGCAGAGGAAAUGGGGCAGAUAUGCCGAAAUCCUGCUGGGCACCUGCGGAAUCACUGAUAGAUGCAGUCCAAACCCUUGUGAACAUGAAGGCAGGUGUAUUCAGUCCUGGAAUGACUUCCUGUGUGUGUGCAACAACACCGGCUACAAGGGGGAAGUUUGUCAUAACUCGGUCUACAGGGAGUCAUGUGAGGCCUACAGACUGAACGGGAAGUACUGGUCAGGCAACUACACCAUAGAUCCAGAUCUGAGCGGACCACUCAAGCCUUUCACCGUCUACUGCAAUAUGUUGCAAAAAUCAUGGACUGUUAUUGAGCACAACCGCAUGAAAAGCACCAAAGUGAGCGGCUCCACCAUGGAUCGACCGUAUAUUGGGGACCUCCAGUAUGUAAAUGCAUCGUGGGAUGAAGUCACUGCCCUAGCAAACACAUCUUUAUACUGCGAACAGUGGAUUGAGUUCUCCUGCUACAAGUCACGCCUCCUCAACACUCCAGGUGGACGGCCUUACACUUACUGGAUUGGUCGGCAUAAUGAGAGUCAUGAAUACUGGGGAGGAGCUUUCCCUGAAAGUGGGAAAUGUGGAUGUGCUGUCAAUCAAACUUGCACUGACUCCAAGUACUGGUGCAACUGUGACGCGGACUACCGCCAAUGGCACUCAGAUAAGGGCUACCUGUCGUUCCGAGACCACCUGCCUGUCAGGAGGAUUGUCAUAGGAGACACGAACCGCACAGGUUCAGAGGCGCGCUACAGUGUUGGGGCACUGUACUGCCAUGGAGACAGGAGUAUCUGGCACACUAUAGCGUUCACCAAGCCCACCUAUCUGUCGUUCCCCACCUUCAAGCCCGGGACCAGUGCUGACAUCACGUUCCACUUCAGGACCUACCGAACUAACGGAGUGUUUGUGGAAAGCUCAGAUGACCACCUGCGUAAUUUCUUACGAAUUGAACUCAAUUCUACAACUGAGGUGAUUUUCAUUUUCAUGGUGGGUGAUGGGAUUAGAAACGUGACCCUGCGCUCUCCUAAACCUCUCAAUGAUAAUGAAUGGCAUUACGUGGAAGCUGAAAUCAAUGUGAAAUUGGCACGUCUCAAGGUUGAUUUCCUGCCUCCGGCCAUUCACAAGUUUCCGGGCCAAACCUACAUCACUAUGAAGUUCACACAACCACUGCUCGUAGGGGCAGCCAAUCACACCUUAAGGCCUUUUCUGGGUUGUCUGCGUGGGCUGAGGAUGAACGGGGUGCCUGUGGAUUUGGAGGGUAAGGUUGACGAGAGGGCUGGCAUACGUAGGAACUGCACCGGAGCGUGUCUGAAUGCCUCCAUACCGUGUCGAAAUGGAGGCCAGUGCAUUGAUGGCUACGCUUCAUACAUCUGUGACUGCAAUAACACAGCCUUCGACGGCUAUUACUGUCAUUUAGAUAUUGGGGCAUUCUUCGACGUGGGAGCGUGGUUGCGGUAUGACAUCCGCAAAGAGCCGAUUUCCUUUGAUGCAUGGUGGGCGAACUUUUGGAUAGAGCCUCACUGGCACAACUUCACCCUCGGCUACAACACGACAACUGACGACAUAGAGUUCAGCUUCAGCACUCUACAGGCCCCAGCUGUGCUGCUGUAUAUCAGCUCCUUCAGCAAUGAUUACAUCGCCGUCCUGCUCAAGAAAGAUGGGACUCUUUCGCUGAGAUAUCGGCUUGGGAUAAUAAGCUACAAAUUUAAGCUGACUGACAGAAACAUGGCCGACGGCUUCCCUCAUUUCGUCAACAUCACCCGACACAACUACACCAUAUGGACACAGGUGGAUUACAUGGAUCCAUGGAUUGAGAAGUUAAUACCGGGAGAGAUUCCCAGAUUUGAUUCACCGAAGUCGAUAUUCUUGGGUCGAGUCAUGGAGGUGGGAGGUGUCGACUACGAAAUUCAGAGGCACAACAGUCCAGGUUUUAUGGGCUGUAUAUCAGGGGUCCGAUAUAAUAUUUUUGCUCCACUGAAGGCUUACUUCCGACCCAAUGUAACCAAUCCACCGGUGACGACUCAAGGAUAUGUGGUGGAGUCUAACUGUGGGGCGUUUCCCCCUGUUUUAGGAUAUGUCCCUUGGGAGGAUGACCCCUGGUUCACUGGCCUGUUCUUUUAUUACAUUCAUGAUGAUGUUACUCCUCCUUGGAUGACACUAAUCGUGACAGUUUCUCUGAUGCUGCUCUUCCUGAUCCUGUACGGCCUCUACAUUUACCUGUACAGGUAUAAAGGCAGUUACCACACUAAUGAACCCAAGCAGCUGGAGUCCCCCAGCUCCUCUCGACCCCUCACUGAUACUCUGCGCAAGGAUAGAAAGAACAUGCCGGAAAUACAGGAGGAAAGUCCCAAUGAAUAACACAGACUGAGAAAAAGAGAGGAGUGCUGGUGAUUAUGAGGGAGGUACAUGGUGAAGACUGAGGAAUGAGUUGCUAAUCUGAUUUUUGUUUUGUUUUGUUUUUAUGUAUCGUUUGCCUUUAUGGUAAUGUAACUAUAUUUAUUUUUCUGUCCCAUUAUUUUUACAGUGUAAUCUGAUAUUUGGUGCUUUUGGCAGGGUUCAAAAUAAGCAGGCUAGAGACAAUUUACCAUCUGAUCAAUGAGCACUAGCAGUGCAGGCCGACUGAAGUGCCUCAGCAACAUUACAAGAAACUUUGAAAGAUCAAUCCAGGGUUCCCACAGUCAUAGAUAUCAGGAAACAUCAGGGUAUUUAACCAUUUUUAUUUCCAGGCCUAGAAAACAGUAUUGGGAAUGAUUACAAUCGUGGAAAAGUCUUGGAAAUGCGUGUUGUAGUAAAUAUAUAUUUAUAUAGUCAUGACCAUCACGAUGAUAUUUUAUUGUGUGCAAUCUCAAUAGAAUUGUUUUUACAAAAUCAUAAUAAUAAUAAUAAUAAUACAUUUCAUUUAGAAUGUGCUUUUCUCACACCCAAAGCGCUAAAACAAUGUAAAAAAAAUAUAAAUUAAGAUCCAACAUUCAAUGACACAAUAUCAAACAGCAAAAUAAAUCAAAUCGAACCCAUAAUUAAAAAAUUAUGUUUAAAUAUCAUAAGCAAAUGAUUAAACUUAAUUCAUGUUCAUUUCUGUAGUCUGUAAUAUAAAUCUUAGUAGUAAUGACCAUCUCAAAAAUGUUUUAUUGGUUACAAAUUCACUUUUUGUGAAUGCAAUCGCAAUAAAAAAUAAAUAAAUAAAAUAAAUGUAAAUCCCAAUUGGCUGGUAAACCAGAAAAAGGAAAACUGAUAAAAUUUUUGAAAGGAAGACAUUCCUGUAGUCAGAAUAUUUUUUUUGUUGUUGUUUUAGUUAUGCCCAGAAAACAAAUAGCAAACUGUAAUAAAAAUCUGUUUUAUA